CUCAGCACGGUCCCUCAGCGACAGCUGCUUCCGUUAACGGCGGCUCAAGUCCACUGUCACUCUAUACUAAGUCCAGAAGAGGCGACAACAUGCCGCGGUCUUUCCUGGUGAAGAAACAUCAGAGCAGUAAAAUACCAAACUAUGGAAGACUGAGCUCAAAGGCAGAGGGGGCCACCCGAGACACACACAAAGACCCCCCACAGCACAAGUACAUCCCUGCACAGCAUUAUUAUCCAGCCAUGAGCCCUUGCCCACAGCAGAUAUCCCAGUCUCUCUCCUCCUCUCCUCUUCCUCUAAGAAAAGAACGAUUGCAUCCUCCAUCCUCGUCAAACACCUUCCCCCUCUCACUUUUAGGAUACUCUUCAGAGGCUAAUAGGAGAAGCCCAACAGAAGCCUGUGAAUCAGCCGUUGAACCCUGUUCCAAAGUGAACCUGGAAAUCCAGCAUGUCACAGGAGACUACAGGAGGAGAGAGAGCAUCCUCCCUUCGUCCCUCCCUCUUCUGGCCCUAUUUCCAGUUGUCCUUCCCGGCAGCAGCAGCAGCCAGGAGAACUUUGAGUGUUUGGACUGUCAUGAAGGGCACUUGAGCUAUUCGGGCCUGGCCAAACACAAGCAGCUUCAGUGUGAUUGGAGCAGUAAGAAGUCCUUCAGCUGUAAAUAUUGUGAGAAGGAGUACGUCAGCCUCGGAGCACUCAAAAUGCACAUCAGGACACACACACUGCCCUGUGUGUGUAAACUCUGUGGCAAGGCAUUCUCCAGACCCUGGCUGCUUCAGGGACAUAUACGAACACACACAGGAGAGAAACCAUUCUCAUGCUUCCACUGCAGCCGAGCUUUUGCUGACCGAUCCAACCUGCGAGCUCAUCUCCAAACCCACUCUGAAGUGAAAAAGUACCAGUGUACCAGCUGCUUUAAGACCUUCUCCAGGAUCUCACUGUUAGCCAAGCACAAAGAGGCGGGCUGCUCACUGUCCUGA